AUGGCCUUCACGCAGUUCCAGGCCCUUAUGGGCUCAAGUCCUCGUGGCUAUGUAAUGCGAGCCUAUGCUGGUCACCACACGCUCCUCACUGCCAAAGAGAGAUGGGAGCAGAUGCUCAGAUUAUGUAGGCGCCGGAAUUUCCCAACCAUCUCCGCCGACGUCCAGGCUUUGCACACAUUUUUCAGUCUGGGGAAGUACGAGGAGUGUGCAAGACUCUACGACAAGAUCCUUGCAGACACGCCGGAUGCAGUUCAUCCAGCAGUCCUGGAACUUGGUCUUAGAUGCUUCGGGCUGCUGCAACACAAGCAACGGGUGCAGGAGAUAUGGUCUGAGACUGAAAAGAAAAAUCUUCGCGACGAUGAGAUGUUCUUUGCCAUGCUCUGUGCCCUGGCCGACCUCGGUGACGUUGAGGGCGCUGCUCAGCUGGUGCAGCUCAUGCUCGAGGAGAACCAGGAAAUCAACGAGCACAUUCUUGGCUCUGCCAUCGACGCCUGCAAGAACCGAGAGCCUCCCAGCGCUUCGGCGGCUCGAUGCUUCUUCCAGGUUCUCGUGCAUGAGAGAGGCGUCCAGCCCAGCACUGUGGUCUUCACGAACCUGGUAGCAGCCCACCGAUUCGCGCCGGUUGCACAGCUGACGACGGUCUACCAACAGAUGACUCAAGAAUUUGGUUUGCUUCCAAGCCUGGUGUUUGCGGAGACGUACCUCGGCUGCGUGCUGCUCCUGGGCGACAAGUUCCAGAACGCCCGGAAUGUGGAGGAGGUCGCCGAUCGGCUGGCCGGGGCGGCCGUGCAGCAUUUGUUGGGGUGA